AUGGAGUGGGGAAACCAAACCAGCAUCACAGAAUUCCUCCUCCUGGGACUGUCCAACCAGAUGGAGCUGCGGCAGCUCGUCUUCAUGCUGUUUCUCUGGAUGUACCUGCUCGGGGUCCUGGGGAGCCUGCUCAUCGUCCUGGCCAUCGGCUCUGACCCGCACCUGCACAACCCCAUGUACUUCUUCCUCACCAACCUGUCCCUGGUCGACAUCUGUCUCCUGUCCACCACGGUCCCCAAGAUGCUGGUCAACAUACAGACCCACAAGAAAUCUAUAUCCUACGCUGGCUGCCUGGCCCAAACGUAUUUCAUCAUUCUGUUAGGAGGUCUGGACCACUUUCUCCUCACCGCGAUGGCAUAUGACCGCUACGUGGCCAUAUGCCACCCCCUCCACUACACCACCAUCAUGAGCCCACGACUCUGUACUCUGGUGGUUGCUGGGUCCUGGCUCGUCAGUUCCCUCCAUGCCCUGAUACACACCCUAUUGCUGACUGGAUGCUUCAGUCCUGGAAACCAAACCAGCAUCACGGAAUUCCUCCUCCUGGGACUGUCCUACCGGGCGGAGCAGCGGCAGCUCCUGUUUGUGCUGUUCCUCUGGUUGUACCUUCUCGGCGUUCUGGGGAGCCUGCUUAUCAUCCUGGCCAUCAGCUCUGACCCGCACCUGCACACCCCAAUGUACUUCUUCCUCACCAACCUCUCCCUAGCCGACAUCUGCUUCCUGUACACCACGGUCCCCAAGAUGCUGGUUAACAUUCAGACCAAUGACAAAUCCAUAUCCUACACAGGUUGCCUGGCACAAAUGUACUUCUUCAUUCUGUUUGGAGGUCUGGACCACUUUCUCCUCACUGGGAUGGCAUAG